AGCAGCUCCCGCGCCCCCCCUCCCCCCGCCCCGAGGUCUGGUCCAGUCGCCCGCGCGGAACCAGCUCCCGGAGCUUCCCGGGUGGCGGGCGAGGGGCCAGCGGGCUUAGGCGAGCCAGAGGAGGCGCAGGCCCGGCCCGGGCGCUGCAGGUCUGUGAGGCUGGUGUUCCCAGCAUUCUGCUAGGCUACAAAAAGAGGAGAAACUUGUUCAGAUCCCUGCAGGACAGGAAAAGGAAGGGACACUCAGCAUGGAAAAACUCUGCAGUGAAAAUGAAGGAAAGCCUGAGAACCAAGGCAAGAUGGAAAACAAAGGACAGCCACCGGAUGCGAGAAAGCCGGGAGUAGCUUGUACUGUGGAAGACAAGGAAAAGUUAGAAAACAAGGGAAGGAUAGAUCUCAAGGGAAAGACAGAAGAUGAGGAAGUACUAAAGGAUAAAGAAAAGCCAGACAGUGAGGCAAAGCCAAAAGAAGGAAAGCCAGUGAGUGAGGGAAAACCAAAAGAAGGAAAACCAGAGAGUGAGGGAAAGCCAGUGAGCGAGGGAAAGCCAAAAGAAGAAAAGCCAGCCAGCGAACCAAGGGCUGCAGGAAAGCGCCCAGCUGGGGAUGAUGUACCCAGGAAGGCCAAAAGAAAAACCAACAAGGGGCUGGCUCAGUGUCUCAAGGAAUACAAGGAGGCCAUACACGAUAUGCAUUUGAGCAAUGAAGAGAUGAUAAGAGAAUUUGACGAGAUGGCCAGGGUGGAGGAUGAGGUGAAGAAAACCAGACAGAAAUUGGGGGGGUUUAUGUGGAUGCAAAAAAGUUUACAGGACCCCUUCCACCCGAGGGGCCCAAGGGAACUCAGGGGUGGCUGCAGGGCCCCACAAAGGGGCUUUGAAGACAUUCCUUUUGUGUAAUGCCCCUGGCAGGCGUUUACCAGGCCCUGUGCUUUAAAGUUUUGCAAAUACUUUGCUUUAGGCGUCAUUCUUGUUAUCAACAACUUUUUGAUCCAGCUAGAGCACUCUGUCAGUAGGGGAUUUUUACCCA